CGACGGCAGCGCAAGGAACCAACAAUAAGAAUACCGUGAGGGGCUUCGAGAUUUUUUAUGUGGAUGAUAGCCGAGCAAGAAGUACUUUAAAUCCCGACACAGAAAACAAAAACCAGCGUCAAUUUUGUUCACGUGAGCAAUUUUUUGACUGAGUGCAAGGCCUCAUAUACCUUGUGGUUGCCCAGUUAGUCAAGUCCUUCUUUUUUCGCAAUGACCAAGGGUACCACCUCGUUCGGUAAGCGUCACACCAAGUCGCACACUCUCUGCAGACGUUGCGGAAACCGCGCUUUCCACAACCAGAAGAAGACCUGCGCUUCCUGCGGCUACCCCGCUGCCAAGAUCCGUUCCUUCAACUGGUCCGUCAAGUCCCAGCGUAGAAAGACCACCGGUACUGGACGCAUGCGCCACCUCAAGGACGUCUCCCGCCGUUUCAAGAACGGUUUCCGUGAAGGUACUCAGGCUAAGAAGCAAGUCAAGGCUUCCACUGCUUAAAUGUUUGCAACCUCCCCG